AUGGAGGAAUCCGACGGACGCAAGCAGCGGAGGAAGAGGACCGGUGGCCGCGGAGGAGGAGGACCGGUGGCGGCGGAGGAAUCCGGCGCUGGCAGCAGAGGACACGGCGCCAGGGAGGGGCGGGGCGAGCAGCAGCGCGGCGUGGGACGGGCAGCGGCGCAGGGCGGGGCGAGCAGCGGCGCAGGGCGGCAGCGGCGCGAGGCGGGGCGACCACGGCGAGGCGCGGGGCGGGCAGCAGCGCAGGGCGCGGAGCGGCGCGGGGCGGAGCGAGGCGGGCAGCAGCGCAGGGCGCAGAGCGGCGCGGGGCGGAGCGAGGCGGGGCGAGGCGGGGCGAGCAGGGGCGCGGUGGAAACGGCGGCGAUAGAGUGA